AUUCCAUUUUUUCUUUCAUCCCUUCCCUCCAGCCAUUCUGUUGAUGCUCAUAGAUACAACAUUUACACUCGGGCUUUGCCAUUGGCUUUAGCUUUAGCCUCUCUCGAUCCCGCCGAUUCGUUGCUUCCUACUCGCUGCCACCCGACGGCGUCAUUUCCUCUUCCUCGCGGCAAUCUCCUGCCCGUCAGCCUAGGCCUCAGCCUCUGUCCACGCUGCAAUCAGCAUCCAUCUGCAAGGGCCCUUGCUGCGAUAUGGUAUCAACUGAGACCUGUUGACCUUUUAGUUGCUCUUCUCGAGCAAUCCAGUCUGGCCGAUGCAAGCAGUGCAGUUGGCAUUGUUGGGCAUGUCGAGUCGCGAGAGGAUACUUCGGCAGUAGAUGCUAAAUCAGUUGUUCUUGAUGUCCGCAAUCCAAGACUGGACUCUUCCCGAUUGCCGUGGAACACUCCAAAUGUCAAGCCGAAACUAGUCUUAACCAAUCACCCCGCUGGUUCCAUCGGAAAUAAGGAGCUGUACCAGUAUGAUUUAUGCGAGGACACUCUCAGCCAAAUUUAUUGCGAGGCUGCUGCAGUUCUUCUGAGUUGUCUCAUCCACUGA